CACAAACGUAUUAUCACAAAUAAUUUUUUUUUGAUAUUCCUUAUAGAAGCUCUGUCAUAUAUCUAUACCAAAUCUCAAGUCAUGCCUGUCUAUUCGAUAUCCCACGUGGAAAACGUCCGUGUUUGCGUGGUUAUGGUUGGAUUGCCAGCUAGAGGGAAAUCAUUGAUUGCACAAAAAAUUGUUCGUUACUUGUCAUGGCUUUCCAUUAAAUCCAAAUGUUUCAAUGUUGGUAGUUACCGUAGAGAGAUUGCAUCCACCGACAUCAAUGCAGAAUUCUUUGACCCCAAGAACCCUGAAGGUCUUAAAUAUCGUCAACAGGCAGUUAACUCUGCAGUGGAAGAUAUGAUGAAAUGGUUUUUAGAUGAAAAUGGGGUAGUAGGGAUUUUGGAUGCCACAAAUUCUACUCGUAAGAGAAGAGAUGAAAUCUUGAAGCUUUGUAGAGAAAAUUAUAUUGAACCAAUGUUUUUAGAAAGUUGGUGUAAUGAUCAAGAUUUGGUUUUACAAAAUAUUGCUGAUGUUAAAACAACUAGUCCAGAUUAUCUUAAUCGUGAUUCAGACUUUGCCACUCAAGAUUUCUUGAAAAGAAUUUCAUAUUAUGAACAAACAUAUGAAACUAUGGAUUCAAAAACUGAUUCAGAUUUAACUUUUAUUAAGUUGGUUAAUGUGAAUCUGCAAAUUGUAUUGAAUCGAAUUGAAAGUUAUUUGGAAAGUAGAAUUGUUUAUUAUGUCAUGAACUUGCACAUCAAGCCAAGAAGUAUUUGGUUGUCAAGACAUGGGGAAUCAAACUACAAUUUGACUGGUCAAAUUGGAGGUGAUGCCGAUCUUUCUGAACGUGGUUGGAGAUAUGCCAAAAAACUUCCUGAAUUAGUAUUGAAAUCAUUGGGUGAAGAAAACCAACAUACUAACUUGACGGUUUGGACUUCCACUUUGAACCGUACCCAACAAACGGCACUGUUCUUGCCAUAUCAAAAGAAACUUCAAUGGAAGGCCCUUGAUGAGUUGGAUGCUGGUGAAUGUGAUGGGAUGACAUAUGAAGAAAUUGAACAAAAAUUCCCUGAAGAUUUCAAAGCAAGAGAUGACAACAAGUAUGAAUACCGUUACAGAGGUGGGGAAUCAUACCGAGACAUUGUGAUUAGAUUAGAACCAAUUAUUAUGGAAUUAGAACGUCAAGAGAAUAUUUUAAUCAUUACCCAUCAGGCUGUUUUACGGUGUCUUUAUGCAUAUUUUAUGAAUGUCCCACAAGAAGAAUCUCCAUGGAUGUCGAUUCCAUUGCAUACAUUGAUCAAAUUAGAGCCUCGUGCAUACCUGACUCUUGUGAGUCGUAUCAAGGCUGAUAUUCCUGCUGUGAGUACAUACAAGGAAAAGGGUACUUCUCAAUUAGGUGAGGUUAUUGGUGCUAGCAAUAAAUCAAAGAGCAGAGAUCUUAUCAAUGAUAGCGAGUGUGUAUAGAUUAGUACAUGGAGUUACUGAACCAGUUGUAGAGAGAAAUAUGUACAGAUAUGUUUUACAAAAGGUUUCUUUUUUUUGUUUGUUUGUUUGUUAAUACUUUCUUAUUAUAUAUGAUUAUCUAAUGUUACAA